ACACAUAUUAGCCCCAUAAAGCAAUGAAGAAUUCUGCAUAUUACAUGAUAUAUUUAUUUCACAAGUUUCAGACAUAGGUGGCGGCAGUAUGAGCUUUCAAUAUGGAUGCGCCCACAAGUUUAACUCAUGUCACUAAAUAACAAGCAAUACAAACGGCAUAGUAUCUAUGUAAUUACACACAUUUAUAUGAUAGACUUAGAAAUUCCUGUCAGUUUCUGAUGAUAUGAUAUGUAUACAGUAUAGGCCCACACAUGAUAAUGCACUGGCGCAUAGUGAUUUAGUAAAUUAAUCAUGGUGGUGCUGUAGUGUCAGUGUGCACUGUGUGGCACGUACUGCCAGUGGCAGUGGUAUUAGUCACAACACUACAGGCUACAGCAUCACUUUUAGGUGGCUCUCAAAUUACCACAUUUUCUAGAGCGCGUAACAGUUUUUAUCUGUCUGUCGAUGGAUCGAAAGAUUAUGGACAUUGAGCAUAUAACAAGACUCAAGCAGCUUGAGGAAAAGGAGCUAGCUGACUGUGAAGCAAAACUCAAGCAAUGGGAAAAGUACAUAGCUGAUUAUCGUGAUUUACAGAAAUCAAUGGAAAUAUAUCCUGGUGAAGUUUCUCAUGACAUCAUGGUGCCAUUUGGCAAGCUGGCAUUCAUGCCUGGGAAGUUAGUUCACACCAAUGAGAUUAUGGUGCUUCUUGGAGACAACUGGUUUGCUGAACGUUCUGCUAAGCAAACAAUAGAAAUUGCACAAAGGCGAAUCGAUCACCUUGAGUCUCACUCUAGGAAACUACUUGAGGAGAAACACCAGUUGGAGUCUAGACUCAGUUUCACGGAGGAGUUUCGUAGCAUUGCACUGCAGCAAGGCGACACACAGGAGAUUGUGGAAGAGUACGAUGAGGAACGGGAGAAGCAGUGGCGAGAGGAGCACAAGAAGAAACUGAUGGCCUACAAGAAGAAACUAAGAGAUGAGCGUGAGCAGACUGCUAUACAUGAGACAACUGAGGUCACAGCAUCUAGUGACUUGACACAUGAAGAUAUAAUGCUCAGGUUGGACGAGCUGGAGAUGGCGGAAUUGGCUGAAAAAGAGAUGAAAAGAAUGGAAAUCAAUGAUGGACAGCAGUCCGCUGAAGACAUUGGUGAUCACAAUAGUUAUACAAGCUAUGAUGGUGAUAGUGACUACAGCCACGACUAUGAUAAAGAUGAUGAGACGGAGGAGGAGGAAGAGGAAGAUGAGGAAGAUGAGGAGGAGGGUGCUGAACCACAUCGUAUCAUAAUUAAACAUACUCCACUUACAAAGGAAUCAGAACAUCGGCCAAUGACAGAAUUCUCCAAGAUCAGAUGCCCAGCUGACAUCUACCUUCAUUCUGCUCCUGCCAUGUUGAAGGAUCCACCCACCAAGUCCAUGCUAAAGAAAUCCAGGAAGGGGAGGGUAAAGGAUGUCAUCAGCAAUCAGAAUAAGGAACACAAGAAAGUUUGCUUCAAUCAGGGUAUAAAGGAGCAUGAAGAGAUCUCCCUUCCUCGUGAAAUAGCAGAUCUCAUCAAACCCAAGGAAGUUUCGAUAGAGAGCAAGAAUCCUGGGCAGCACACGACUACCCCACAGAGCAUGGACGGCAGAGGGCCGACCGCUGUUAGACAGCAGGUGCGAGAGACACCCGCUGUCAGGAGCGUUGUCAGAGAUAGGUUAGACGCGCCGGCCGACUCGUCGAAACUCAAAACAAUCCCAAAGGAAGCCGACGCCGGGAGACCACCGUCAAAAUUCCGUGCCAAUAGAUUGGGUCUUCGCACAGAAUUGCCGCCUGACAGAAGGGACGAAGGUGGCUCCGGGCAAGGCGUUGGAUUCAGUCCAUUCGUGGAUGUUACACAAACAUCCGACAGGGAAAAUAGGGACGUACAACCGGCAAAGCGUAUGUCAAAGUUCAAAGCACAGAGGCUGCGGGAGCAGCAGAGUUAGCAGAUUGUGACUGUAGCGACUUAUAUAUGGAUAUGACAGUUGUGAACGAAGUAAGAUUGUACAGGCAAGAUCAUGUAUAAAAAACAAUGUAUAAUUUCUAUUAAUGUAAAAUAUACAAUGUUUUUUUCAUAUA